UGAGAAGGGACCUCACGCCCGCCUGAUGGGGGACCAGCACCUAUCUGCACAACGUUAGAGGCCUCCCCUGCUGAGGCCUCUCUUCUUAAAGAUCACCAACUCAGAGGGUGGGUCUUCCAUCCAGGUUGAGGAAGAAGGAAUGGAGCCCCACACCUGGCUCCCAGCUUCAUGGUGGUGUCUCCCAAAGGUUGGGGACCAAAGGUAGCUGGAGACCAGAACUCUUCUACUGAGCUGAUCUCUAAGCCUGAUAGCUGCCCCACCUCACCUCCCUGUCUCUGGCCUCGAGAGUCAGCCUGAGGGAAGGGGACCCCCCCCUUCACCUGGACAAUGGAGCUAUGACUCUUUGGAGGUAACCCAGAAGAGAAAGAAGGGAUGCAGGGCUUUGGUCCUCCAGAUGAGAGUCCCCUCCAGGGCCUCGUGGCCUCCCGCAUUAAGACUUAUGGGGGCCGGCGUCAAGCCUCUACCCAAAGCCCUGCUGGCAGUCUCUAUCCUCGAGCAGGCCCCAUACUGGACUGAGGAAGAGCAAAGGUUCAGGCCUAUGUCCCCUUCGUCAAGGGUUCUGGCCCUUCCCGAGGUCUGUCACCUUUGAUGUUGCGAGCAGAGCCUGAGAAGAGGCAUGGUCAUUUGGGAGCUGGUCCACCUCACUCCCCAAAUUCAAGGAAGUUGCCAAGGUCCAUGAGUUGGAGGUUGAGGCUCCACACGUUCAGCAUGUUUGGGAUGCCCCGCUUGCCCCCGGAGGACCGAAAGUACUGGGAGAUAGGAGAGGGUGGUGACAGCGGUGUGACCAUCGAGAAAUCCUGGAGAGAGUUGGUGCCUGGGCACAAGGAGAUGAGUCGGGAACACUGCCAUCCAGAAGCUCUGUGGGAGCUCCUGACUACUGAGCUGAUCUACGUGAGAAAACUCAAGAUCAUGACCGAUCUCCUGGCUGCUGGUCUGCUGAACUUGCAAAGAUUCUUCUCCUUCCUCCAGGUGUCAGCUGAGACCCUGUUUGGAAAUGUCCCCAACCUGAUUCGAGCCCAUCGGAAGUUUUGGGAAGAUGUGCUAGAACCCUUCCUGGAGGAGACUCGGGCUUCAGAGCCUCUGGAUCCCAUCAGCCUACAAAAUGGCUUUCUGACGUUUGGCCAGCGGUUCCAGCCCUAUGUUCAGUACUGCCUGAGAGUGAAGCAGAUCAUGGCUUAUGCCCAGGAGCAGCAAGACACUAACCCUCUCUUCCACACCUUUGUGCAGGUGGGAGAGACUCCUAAACCCCCACUCACCUCCCCUGGCAGUGGUGUGGAGAAGCACAAGCGCUCAGGGAGACAGACGCUGGGUGACUUACUUAUCAAGCCCCACCAGCGCAUCACCAAGUACCCGCUGCUGCUGCAAGCUGUGCUCAAAAGGAGCCCUGAGGCACAAGCCGAGAGGCCCUGGAUGCAUGGUAGGUGUCAGCUAUGGAGUCAUUUUCUUCGACACCUCAAUGGUCAGGUCCGCCAAGGUGAAGAGCAGGAGAGUUUGGUGGCUGCAGCCCAGCGCAUUGGAAACUACGAGGUGCUCGAGCCAUCCAGCGAGGAAGUGGAGAAGAACCUGCGUCCAUUCUGCACCCUGGACCUGAUGUCCCCCAUGCUGGGGGUUGGCCUUGAGCACACCAGGCAGCUGCUACUGGAGGGACCUGUGAGAGUGAAGGAGGGCCGAGAUGGGAAGCUGGAUGUAUACCUGUUCCUCUUCUCUGAUGUGCUCCUGGUGACCAAACCCCAACGCAAGGUGGAUAAAGCCAAGGUCAUCCGCCCCCCUCUCAUGCUGGAGAAGCUUGUGUGCCGACCACUGCGAGAUCCCAACAGUUUCCUGCUCAUCCACCUUACUGAAUUCCAGUGUGUCUCAAAUGCCCUCGUUGUACAUUGUCCCAGUUCAACAGAUCGUGCAAGGUGGCUGGAGAAGACCCAGCAAGCCCAGGCCACCCUGCAGAAGCUGAAGGCAGAGGAGUACGUUCAACAGAAGAGGGAACUCCUGGCCCUUUACCGGGACCAAGGCAGGGAGUCCCCCAGCACCAGACCCUCCACGCCUUCCCCAGAGGGCUCUCAGAGCAGUGCUGAGGGGAGGACUCCUGAGUUCACCAUCAUCAUCCCCCACCUUGUGGUGACUGAAGAUACAGAUGAAGAUGCUCCCUCUGUACCCGAUGAUACCUCAGACUCUGGCUAUGGCACUUUGAUGCCAAGCUCCCCCAAAGGGUCCCACUCCCGGCUGAACCGUAUGCGCCCCAGGGCUCUUAAGCGGGACCCUCGCCUUACCUUCUCCACCCUGGAUCUUCGAGAUGUUCCUUUGCGCCCCCAGCCUCCUGACCCCCAAGCGCCCCAACGCCGAAGUGCCCCUGAACUGCCAGAAGGGAUUCGAAGAGGGGGCAGUCUUCCCAGGGGAGACCCACCUACCUGGUCAGAGGAGGAAGAGGGGACCUCAGCGGGGAGGAAUGUGGUGGUAGAAACCCUGCACCGGGCACAACUUCGGGGGCAGCUCCCUUCCUCCCCAUCCCACACUGACUCUGCUGGGGAAAGCCCCUGGGAGUCCUCAGAAGAUGAGGGGCCUCUCUUCCUAGGCCCCAGCUAUAGCCCCCGCUCCCGCCCACUGGAGGCUGAGGACAUGCUUAGAGAGAUCCGGGAGGAGUUGGCCAGUCAAAGGAUUGAGGGAGCCCCAGAUCCUGGGGACAGCAGACCUCGGAAACUGACUAGGGCCCAGUUGCAGAGGAUGCGUGGGCAUCACAUCAUAAAACUGGACACCCCUCUGUCUACUUCAGAGGUAUGAGGAAUGUUGAGGCCCUUUCACCUUUCUCCCAGAGGAACUGUCACCCCAAGCAUGCUGGUCACCACCCCCAACCUGGACUCUACCUCAAGGACCACACUUCCCACUGAAAAGCUUGACUCAGGCACCUGCCUCCUGCUUUUUGGACAAUGGGGGUCAAGAACUGUAAAUUUAUGUAUCAUAGACACCCAGGAGCCCCACAUAAAAGUU